AUGGCCGUGGUUUGAUGCUAAUGGAGUUAUUUUAGGUACAUUUUAUCCCCAUUAUGAUGGAUAAUGGUGAUUGGUUCUCAAAGGAAGAGUUGACGAAGAAGAGAAAGAGAAAUGAUAAGUUUGGGCCAGGAGCCAGACCGCGAGAUAGUCGAUUAUCUCGACAGGACCCAGGUAGGGGUGCAGCAAGUCAGCCCAUGAGUCCACCGGACUAUCCAACAUCUUCAGCAGACUUUACACAGAAUGACUAUAAGGAAUUUAUUGUGCGGUUUGCUGGGGUAAUACAUGGAGUUCCAAUGGAGGUAGAUGUCACAAACAGGACAGAGGUGCUGCGGAUAAUUGAUAGUGGAAAGAAACAAGGGAGGAUCCCCUUACAGUCCAAGUUUGAGUUGGAAGUCAUCCUUAGUGUUAGUAAGAGCAACAUUAAGCUGCUGAAGAGCGUUGACAAUGAGGUGCUUUUGCGGAUCCCAAUUCAUGAAAUUGCUGCCAUUUGUUACAUACAAGAUGACCGUGUACAUAUAUUGUCUAUCAAACAUGGAAAUCCGGACAACUGUGAUCUUGCUGUGAUGUAUUGUGCUAAUCAGGGUCAAGCCCAGGGAAUCUGUGCCUUGGUUGAGAAAUGUUUUCAGAUGGUUUACAUAGAAUUUACCAUACAGUUGUUGGAGCGAGCUAUUGAUGGCAAAUCUGUCAACUCCGCAGAGUCAACCAUUACUUCAUCAAUCACAGAGAGGCCAUCUUAUAUGUCAAACUCACAAGACCCAAUCUACGUCCCCAAUGGUAAGGACCCAAUGCCUAAGGUCAGGACGAAAAGUGAAUCCGGCAAAAGUGAUACCAGCUCAAGGACGAAAUUAGUCAAUGUUUACAUGGAAGAGCUUCCAAACCAAUUUAACUUGGAGGAGUUGACGACAUUUGCUGGUUUACUUAAAACUCUAAAUGAUUCCAGUUCCCACAUGCCAUUUCCUGACUUCUGUGAACGUGUAUUUAAGUUAUAUGGUCCUCAAAGGAAGAAUCUACUGGGAGGUCUCUGCCCCUUUAUCCCUGAAAAGGAUUAUCGUUACUUUGCUGACUUCCUGAAGAAACAUGAUGUUAAGGAACCAGAAGAUGGCACUUUAUCAAGCCGCAAUAGUUUUCCAGGAAAUUACAGGAGAUCAGUCAGUGAUGUUUCUACAGAUGGAAGUCAUAUUGAUGACAUUUUGGACAAAAUCUCCACUCAGUUUCAGCAAAUCGAUGCAAGCAUGGGUAAUGUGAGCAACACUUAUCUCAACUAGAGGAUGAGGACUGUGUGGAGAUUUGUAGCAGUAAGUGACGAGUAUCGGGACUGUGUGGAGAUUUGUAGCUGUAAGUGAUGAGAAUAGGGACUGUGUGGAGAUUUGUAGCUGUAAGUGACGAGAAUAGGGACUGUGUGGAGAUUUGUAGCUGUAAGUGACGAGAAUGGGGACUGUGUGGAGAUUUGUAGCUGUAAGUGAUGAGAAUAGGGACUGUGUGGAGAUUUGUAGCUGUAAGUGACGAGAAUGGGGACUGUGUGGAGAUUUGUAGCUGUAAGUGAUGAGAAUAGGGACUGUGUGGAGAUUUGUAGCUGUAAGUGACGAGAAUAGGGACUGUGUGGAGAUUUGUAGCUGUAAGUGACGAGAAUGGGGACUGUAUGGAGAUUUGUAGCUGUAAGUGACGAGAAUGGGGACUGUGUGGAGAUUUGUAGCUGUAAGUGACGAGAAUAGGGACUGUGUGGAGAUUUGUAGCUGUAAGUGACGAGAAUAGGGACUGUGUGGAGAUUUGUAGCUGUAAGUGAAGAGAAUAGGGACUGUGUGGAGAUUUGUAGCUGUGACGAGAAUAGGGACUGUGUGGAGAUUUGUAGCUGUAUGUGACGAGAAUGGGGACUGUGUGGAGAUUUGUAGCUGUAAGUGAUAAGAAUGGGGACUGUGUGGAGAUUUGUAGCUGUAAGUGACGAGAAUAGGGACUGUGUGGAGAUUUGUAGCUGUAAGUGACGAGAAUAGGGACUGUGUGGAGAUUUGUAGCUGUAAGUGAUAAGAAUGGGGACUGUGUGGAGAUUUGUAGCUGUAAGUGAUGAGAAUAGGGACUGUGUGGAGAUUUGUAGCUGUAAGUGACGAGAAUAGGGACUGUGUGGAGAUUGGUAUGUGUAAGUGAUAGGGGUUAUCCUCAUAUAUCUAGUAGCCUAUAUUGUUGGUGAAACACUACCUUCAUGAGUGUGAGGAGACAGAUCGAACAAUGUGAAGAAGAGGUCGUCACAUUGAUGAAAAAUUCUUUAUGGUGCAUUCGUAAUGGAAUGGUGCUAAUUUUAUUCAAUCAUAUCAAAUAUAUUAAUCUGUGAUUCUGUGUUGUUAUUGUUGUUGGAAACAGCAAGCUGAUCAUUUCUGGCUGAAGAUGUUCAUGCAGAAGUGUAGAAGUUUCCAAAACUACAAUGGAACAUUGUUUUAUUUCUGAUAGAAAUGUGUUGGAGCGUUUGUAAAUUUUCAUCAUGAUGGUACAUAUACUUUAUGUGUAUCUUUAAUGCGGUUUCAUUAUAGUUAAUAUUGCUGUUUUAUAGAUGCACAAGAUUUUCUUGUUGAAUGUUUGAUGGGGAGUUAAGUUAAGUUGGGCGAUAGAAUUAUCAAAUUUCAGACGUGAUAUCUGCGAGAGAUAAAGGGACUACUUAUUUCAGUUACCUCUAUGAAACACCUUUAGUAAAUAGACUACCGAUCAUCUGUCCUUAUUGUUCUGUUCAUUUUAGCACUUUGGUGUAGGGUUUCCUUUGGUCCUUUUUACAAAUAUUUAAUUUUUUGAAAAGACUAAAGAAAUCAGAGUGACAGGUAGCCAUAUGUUUGCAGUUAUUCUCAUAUUAUGAGAUUCAAAAUUUGUUGUCACUUAUUUCAGGAAGUGUUCAACAGAUAUUCCCUAAAAUUUCUUCUGUAUGUUUCCUUAGGUUCCUAGCUGUCCUGUCUCAAACAUUGUAUCGGGGGUGUUAAGAUUGUUAUUGUUAAUAUACUAUAAUAGAAUAAAGGAGAUGUUAUUGGUAUAUUGAAGUCUCCCCUCCCCCUGCAUAACUGAAAUCAAAUGGUCCUUCUCUAAUCUAUGUUUACAUUCCUUUUGGUCGGAAGUGGUGUUUGUGUAGUGAUAAGAUUGACUAGAAGAAUAAUUUGGCUAUUAGGUAGCCUUUUUGUAUUUUUGACGUCUGCAGAUUGGUAUAGAUAGUUCUCAGGAAAGUCAGGAAGAAUUGAUCUGAAAUUACAUAAGUGUGGUGGGUUUUCUUAGCAUGUAGCUGCAUCUAAACUUUGAGGCAGAUCCCAAGGAGAAAACAACAUCAAGAUUUUUUUGUUAUCAAAGAUUUAAAGAUCAGGUCAACCUAAUGGUAGACACAGGACCUUUUGACCUUUUGAUCUUACUAUAUCAUUAACUACUGAUGUAAAUAACAAUACAAUGGACAUUUAGUUUUAUGAUUUCAUUUUGUGCUGAACUUAUAUCACGCUGUCGUAUUCUUACUCUUUUCCUCCAUGAAGUCGAAAACAUUUAUAAUCAGGCCAUAAAUUUUGCAAAAUGUUCCAUCAUAUUUUGAUUUGGUUUUCACAAAUAUGUUGUAUGAUAUUUUUGUUCAGAACGUUAUUGGUUUAUCAUAAGAUGCUGUAAGUCUGACAAGAAAUGUGUUGGUUUGUAAUCUUACGGUUGUGAUAUAUUGUCAAGGUCUGUGAAUAUAUCCCCUGUUGUGUAUAUAUACAUUGUAUAAAGAUAUAUUACCAUUAAAAUUAUAAAAUGAACCCCUUAAAAUCAUUGAUUAGUUGAGUUUUUCUGAUAAAUACCAUCUCCCCAUCGUGACUUCAUAAUUAGUUAUAUAUGUUUAUAUUGGUACCUGUAUAUUCAAUAUCUCCCCCCCCCCUCCCAUCUCUUUUCCAACAUUGCAAAUACAAAUCUCCAUUUGAAGCCUGAUAGAUUUCUUACAAAUAGUAUUUAUUUUGUCUUUAUAGUUCUUCCCCCUCCCCCCUACCACUAAUAUAUAGAAAGCCUGAUAGAUUUCUUACAAAUAGUAUUUAUUUUGUCUAUAUACUUCUACCCCUCCCCCCACUCAGACUAGGAAUAUAUCUGUCCUGUAUCUUUUAGUUGUAAGUAGCUCCCUGCCCCAAUGACCAGUCCUGUAAGAAGCAGUCAUAUUCUGAUAACUAAAUGUACAGGUAUUGGAUUAAUUUGUUUUAAACUUGUGAGAUAUAUUUUUGUUGUAUUUUAUGAUAGUUGUUCUUUAUCAGUAGUGCUAUGAAGAUCUGUUUUCUGCUGGUUUGUAAUAUUAAUCAAUACAUGCACUUUUCUAUUUUUAUACCUGUAUAUGUAAUAUGUAGUUUGAGGUGUAUCGUAUACACCUUGAAUCUAUAUGUGUUUAGAAGGUUUCCAGGGCAUUUGUGCUGUACCAUGUGUAGCAUUAUUGGUGACUCCAUACAUUCAAAAAGGGUAGGAGAGUGUUGCAAGCCAUUACUAGGUUACUGCCAGCUAUGUUUUCAUAUACUUUAGAGAAAAUGUAUUUCUCAUAAUUUAUGAUCUUAAGAUUUAUAACUAGGAAGAAUGUUAAGUAGUAAGAAAUGAUAGAAUGAACUUGUAUUGUUCCAGUAAUCAUUAUUGAAACAAUUUAUAUGAUCAUGAAAUAUGUUGGACUGGCUUUGUGUGAAUAUGUGAACCUUAAUAGAAGAAAAAAUAUGCAUUACAAAAAAAAAAAAAAUGGAAUAGUACGGAGCCCGUUUACUUACAUGAUAUAUACUUAUUUUAUUUCGUUUUAACAAAAUAUUUUUUUAUUUUAAUGCAAUAUUAAUUCGUUUUUUCAAAAAAAUAUUUCGUUUUGAAACCUUGAACGUGUCAUGAGUUAUUGGGUUGUUUUGGUCCUUAUUGUAGGCUGUGAUUAUGUUUAUAGUACUUAAAUUUAAAUUGGAAAACAUGAAUUAUGAAAGGAAAUAAUUUAGUAGAGAACAGCACAGGAGUCCGCUGUCCAGGUCUUGUGAUAUACACACGACUACAAGCUUUAUCUAGAUAUUAAUAAAUUGUGUGUCAUAGAUCUACAUGUAUAGAGUAUGCCAGUAAUUUUUUUCAAAAUGAAAAAAAAUAUACCAUUCAGUUGAAAAUUUAAUUUCAGAGUUCUGAUUACAUAUAUGCAGCUUGAUGGCAAUGCAUACAACAUGUACACAUAUAUAUAAUAGGUUUUUGGUUUAGCUAAAACUGGAUGCAUCUCCACUCUCCUCCGUACUAACAACUGAAAACCUUUUUGCAAUGUUUAUUGUCUUUGAAAAGUAACUAGUUGAUGUUUUGUUCCUUCUGGGUCUAAAAUGCUCAUUAAUAUUUGAACUUCUUCUUUCCUUGCUUAAAUGUCUUUAUUUUUCAUUUUUUGAUAUAUCCAUCGAUAUCCAUGCACCAUACCAGAUCCCCUGAGACUGAGACGAAUGACAUGUUUAAAAUUUAGAAUCCAUCAUGUCAUUUUGUUUUAAGCCUAAUGAAAAAUAAUCCUUCACUACCGCCAAACGACAAUCGGCCAUAGGAAAACUGAGACUUUCAGAAAGUAUAAACAUUAGUAAAAGAAAAAACGAAAUAACAUUUUGAUAAAACAAAAUAGUAUUCAAUAAAACAAAAUAGUAUUUCAAUAAAAGGAAAUGGUAUUUUGAAAAAACAAAAUAAUAUGGUGAUAAAACGAAAUAAUAUUUUGAUAAAACGAAAUAAAAUAAGUAUAGAGCAUGUCGGUAAACUGGCUCCGUAGAAUAGCACUUUCGUACUAUUCACACAAACUUUGUCAAAAAACAAAUGUGUGAUUUGGGCUCAAAACCAUUUUGAUAAAGAAAUAAGGUGAGAUACAUAUUCAAAUCACAUUAACUAAACUGUAUGAAUGGUACAUUCCUUCCUGGCCACAAGUGGUUCUAUAUGACCACUUUCAGCCUUCAUUAGUCCCUCAAGUUUCAAAAUGCAUUUUUUCAAUUAUUUUUCAUGCCCAAUGACUUGAAAAGUUGUUUUUUAACAGUAUAUGUAAAUAUCAAGAUCUUCAGUAGAUAAUGGAUAUUUGUAUAUUUUGAACAAAGUUUAGGGAAGAAUUUUCUGUGUAAAAAAUUACUUGGUAUAUAAAAUGAAGCACGAUUUUCCUUCAUCAUUAUAUGGAUCAGAUUUUAAGAAAGUUUGUCUUUAAACUACCAACACUGGUACAGGUUGUGUGUAGAGAAAGUACACUGAUGGCUGAGCUUAUAUUUAUAUCCUGUAUUUGAAAUUUAGAAAAUUUAAGCAUUUUCAUUGUUUGAAGUGAAGUAUAUAUCUCUUACUAUGCUUAAGGUUUAGGCACUUGUUUUGAAAAUGAGUUUUGUUUUUCAUUUACAUUAGAUGUACAAAUGCUCAAAGUUACAAUGUGUGAAUGGGUGUCAUUUUCAAAAAACUUGCAGAGAACUGAAAUUGUAUAAAUGCACGUUUUGCUCAAAUCAUUACAUUGGCAAUUAUUGAUAUUGUCUAAUUUUCAUUCCUUGAGAAAUAUCCAACGAUAGGCAUGCUGACAUACUUUCUUCUUACCAAUAUAUUUAUUCAAAGUUAUCCACAUAUGUACAAGUAUUUCAAUAUGUAAAUAAAAUUAAUUUUUCCCAAGGAAAAUACAACUUUAUAUGUAGUUAGGACACUAAAAAGACAAACAUUGUCAACAGGGUUGUCAUACUUCUGAGUGACAUAAACUGUACACAUCUCACAACAUUUAUCCAUAGCACAGAAAUGAUCUCAACCUGAUAUGGGAAAGCAUUGUAAUCAAUUCAUUGUAUAAGAAGUGGCUAUACUUGUACCAAAAUAAAAUUCUGCUAUAUAUA